AUGGGAAACUCUAGAGACUAUCUUGGUCGUCUUAUUUUAAUUAUCAGUACCAUCAUUUUAUCGAUUACUCCUGGAUAUUUGUCAGCACAAGUCAAUGCCGGCAUGGCUAUCAAUCUCAACAGUGGAACAAUGAUACAGACGGCAUUUAGUGUUGAUUUAACAAACAUCGACAUUACUCAAAUCACCAGCUA